UUCUUGAAUUUUUCCCAUUCUGCCAUGCCUAAUCCCACUACUUCUCUUAUCAUUGGUUUUCUCCCAAUUAUUCAUUUCCCACUUCCAACCUUGGAAAUUGCUGCCUUCUUCUCUCUUCCAUUGCCCACAGGCUAAGCUCUCUUUCUUUCGCCUGAUGACUCCAUUGCCCCUCUCUUCCCUGCAAUUCCCUGCUUAGCCAGUCGACGGUUGGAGGAUUCAUCCGUCUUUUCACAUCUACACGUGUUUGACCAAUGCACUACACGUAAAGAUUGAUGGAGGACCUGAAAACCUUUGACUUUUUCAUCAUAUGUCAUGAUUCUUUGCUGGAAAAUUCGCUGCCUUAUUCAAUUAUAUGUUUGUCACACACGUCACCUUUGCAUCAUGAAAUAUCUACCGAGUUUCACCCUUGCCAUACACAUGUCCUAAAUCGGAUGGUGUUGUGUUUUGCUUUUUUGGCAAUCCGCAGAUUGGAUGGUCAGGAUGGAGUGAUGAAAGAAGGUAUGGGUGUGUUUGGUGCAUUGGGAGCACACCACAUGAGCAGAGGCCAUGGGUGAUGGCACCGUCAACAACUUCAGUCAGACAAGCUGGUAUAAAGAUUCUGACAAACAGAAAAAAAUGAAGAAAAAGUGAAAAACAUAAUUUGCAAAGGUUGAAGGAAGGAGUUGUGAAAUUUCUCUCGAAGGAAAAAGAACAUUGGGUUAUAAAUACUGAUUUCAUCUCUGUUGCUUCCUGUUGAGGUCUUGCUCCUGCUUCAGGUAUAUGUUGUUUCUUACCCUUGUUUCUUAUGAGCUUAAUUGCCAUCUAUUUUCUAUUUACUUGGUCAUAGAUCUCUCCUUCUGAGGAGAUGAUUCUGUUUGCUCCAACCUCAAUUUGUAAUUUUUGGCUUUUCUGAUAAUUUUUUUUCUUCUGUUGUUUUUAAAUUGUUGUGGCCUGUGUGAGGGAGAAAGAAAUAUGUUUUUUGACUGAUAUUUUUGUGACUUCAGAUAGCUUUUUAAUCAGUUUUCUUUGUAACUUGACUUGUAAACUUUUCUGCAAUCCUGUUGGUCUUUCAGUUUUUGUAUAAUCAUGGUUUGUUUUUUCCUUUUUUGUUGGUGGGUGGGGGGGAGGUAGGCUGAAGAGAGAUCUUUCUCUUAAGAUGAUGUUGGCUACUUUCCCAUAUUCACUUAAUUUCAAAAUUGAUUUUUAUCAUAACCCAUCACAAGUUGUAAUCUGACUGCUAUUUUAAAGGGGAAUUUGAAGCUUGAAGGUUUUAUCUUCUUCUUGGCCUCAAUUGGUAUCUGAGGGAUGCCCUUCAUACAUAAAUUGAAACACUCUCAACUAGGACUUGAAAAUCAUACCAUUCCAAUAUUUUAGUUUGUACUCUAUAAUCUCCAUAGAUUCUGAGAUGAAUGUUGUCUGCCUAUAUACUUCUUGAUGGGCGUCAAGUUGAUGGUGAUGGAACAAGUGUAUUUCAUUUGCAGACAUGACUCCAUUAUGCUGAGGAAAAAUGUCUGAUGACCCCAAAAAAGCUUUUUGAUAAUUUAAUCUUAGAAUGUGACCUCUUUUUGGUUUUCCCAAGAUAACUAGGACCAGAAUAUUGUGAAAUCAGAGUUUUUUUGUUGUGCAUCAGCGAGAACUUCUUUCCUAUGCUUUGUGGGACUGUAUUUGAGUUGAUAUAGUACCAAUCCAGGAUGACUAAAGAGUUGAUUCCAAGUUAGGUAACCUCUGGAAUUGUAUGGUGCAAAUUAUUUGAAUGUGUCCUGGUAAAUUAUGAUUUGAUUUUGCUGACAAAAAUGCCAUAAUAUUGAAAACAUUGAAUACUUUAUGCUGAUUCAUUUUAAAAUAACAGUAAAAAUGCAUGUCAUGAGAAUUAAUUGCUAGUUUUUUGAAGCAUGGGGAAAAUUUUGUAAUUUCAGUGUUCAAUUUAGUGGCCAAGAAGCAGGAAAAGAACAGGAAAAAAUUGGAUCUUUGAACUAUUAGGGUACCAAAUAUCCAAAAAAAAAAAUUUGUAAUAAUGUUGAAGACGAGGGUUUAGCUUGAAUACCCCUUUUCUUGAUUAAACAAUGAUGGGAAAACAAAAGUUUACCUUCAGAGAUUUUUGUUCAUCACACACCCUCUCAUAAUCUGUUUAGGUGUUGCUUAUUUUGCUUCAAAUGGUGAUUCUGAAUUGGCAUUUUUAUUUUCACAGCCAGAUAAUCAUGGUACUGACAAUCACAAAUUAUUUUCCUAUGUGUUAAUUGUUCUUCAUCCAUAUAAUAACCUUUCCUAUUCUCUUAAACUUCUUCCAUGAGACUGAAGUAAUUUGGAAAGGGAAAUUUCUGAUACCAAUGUUGAGCUCCCUCUGAAUUUUUUCUUCGAUCUCCAUAUGAAACCUUUUAGAUUGUCAUCUUUUAACCCAGGAUGAUAUGUUUGGUCAAGCUGAAGUCUACCUAGGAUAUAAAAUAUUCAUAAUAUCAUAUAAAAUAAAAUAAAAAAGGUUAUAUUUAUCUCAAGCCCUUGAGGCCUGGCUCAAGUGGUAAAGAGAUGGGGAGGGUUUGUGGGAAAUUCCAGGUUCAAGUCCCAAUGAGGACAAAAAUUUACCUAUAAAUAGUAAUAAUAAUAAUAUCCAAUCAAAAAAUAAUAAUAAUAAUAAUAAUAAUAAUUAUAAUAAUAAUAUUGUCAAAAAAAUAUAAGGCUUAUGGAAGACAAGGCUUGGUAAUAGAAGGAUGGGAAACGGUCAUAACUCUAGAAGGAGAGAAACCUCAUUUGCAGAGAGUUGAAGUUUUGGCAUGGAAAACAGAGAUGCUAAAAUAACUCUAAUAAAUUUGAUGGGAUGGAAUACCAGUUAUCUGUACAUUAUGUUAUAAGGUUAAAGCUAGUUCUCAUCCAUCAACCUUCCAAAACAUAUCUUGAGUUGAUUAUGAUUUGCUGAACUAUCUUGUUCCUCCAUUGUUUUGUUUGGUCGAAUGCAGGCAUCCUUGACAUUUCGGGGAGAUUUCUAUUGAGAAUUUGCAGCAUCAGGUGCUUAUUUAGUGCUUCUUCUCGGCAAAGGAAACACAUUUGUUCUUAAGUUGCAGUUUACCGGGUUUAGCAGAAAUUUCACAUCAGGCACUAGUGACAGAGGACUCUAAUUCUAGAGGCAACCAGUUUCCCUUGAAAACUGAGUGAUUAAAAGAAAACCAUGUCUUUAGUUAGAUCUGCAGAGCUAUCUGCUAAAGCUUAUGGUAAUCCCAACCUCUAUUCAUUCAAGGGAAGCAGUACGGGCCCUGGCUUUUCUACUCAAAUAUUCCGCUCUGAUAAGCGGAAUAUCGUGUACAUGACUGAAUCUUACUGUGGUGAGAGUAAUGAUCCAAAGUACUUAGUUGACUCUCCAACAGAAGAACUGAUACACCCACCUAGUUCUGGCAUUUCAGGAAGGCCAUUUCACCCACAGGGUACCGCUUCUUACCAGCUCAUAGCUGAUUCUGUUUCCUCCAUGACUCCUGAAGGCUCAUUUUUUGAGUCAGACUACUUGGAGUGUGAAAGCCCAGAUCAAAUCAAUUACAAUGAAGACAAGAUGAGAUUGAAGCUUCAAGAAUUGGAGAGAGCCCUUCUUGAUGAUAAUGAUGAUGAUGAUGAUCAAAGCAUGGAGAUUGAUGCUGAUUGGGCUGAUCCGAUUGGGAAUGAACUCCUCCAUGACUCACCCAAGGAGUCUUCAUCCUCAGAUUCUAACCUAAGUAGCAUCAGCAGCAACAAAGAAGUAUCACUAAUACCUACUCGGACCACCAAGCAGUUGCUUUUUGAUUGUGCUGCUGCACUUGCAGAAGGAAACAUUGAUGGAGCAUCAGCCAUGAUAAGUGAACUCCGGCAGAAAGUCUCAAUCCAAGGAGAUCCUCCACAGAGGAUUGCAGCCUACAUGGUGGAAGGUCUUGCAGCUCGCAUGGCUUCCUCUGGAAAAUGCCUCUAUAAAGCUCUGAAAUGCAAAGAGCCCCCAUCUUUGGACCGGCUCUCAGCUAUGCAGAUCCUCUUUGAGGUAUGCCCAUGUUUUAGAUUUGGACUUACAGCAGCUAAUGGUGCAAUCACAGAGACAUUUAAAGAUGAGAAGAGAGUUCAUAUAGUAGAUUUUGAAAUAAACCAAGGGAGUCAAUAUAUAUUGCUGUUACAAUCGCUUGCAGAACAGGCAGGUAAAAAGCCCCACAUUAGGUUAACUGGAGUGGACGACCCCGACUCAAUCCAGCGUGCUGUAGGGGGCCUAAAAGUCAUUGGGCAGAGGCUUGAGAAUCUAGCAGAAGAUCUCAAUUUGUCAUUUGAAUUUCAAGCAGUGGCUUCAAAGACUUCAAAUGUCACUCCGGGAAUGCUCAACUGUAAGCCUGGAGAAGCACUGGUAGUAAACUUUGCUUUCCAGCUGCACCACAUGCCUGAUGAGAGCGUCUCAACAGUAAACCAGCGAGAUCAGCUUCUCCGGAUGGUUAAGAGCUUGAACCCAAAACUUGUGACUAUUGUUGAACAAGACAUGCACACAAACACAGCCCCUUUUUUCCCGAGAUUUGUCGAAGCCUACAACUACUACUCAUCUAUGUUCGACUCUCUUGAUGCAACUCUCCCCAGGGGCAGCCAGGACAGAGUGAAUGUUGAAAGACAGUGCCUGGCACGGGACAUAGUUAACAUUGUAGCAUGUGAGGGUGAAGAAAGAGUAGAACGGUACGAGGCUGCAGGGAAAUGGAGGGCAAGGAUGAUGAUGGCUGGUUUCACUUCAUGUCCAAUGAGUCAGAAUGUGAGUGAUACAGUCCGGAAACUCAUAAGGGAAUACAGUGAAAGGUACACAGCAAAGGAGGAAAUGGGUGCUCUCCAUUUUGGGUGGGAAGAUAAGAGCUUGAUUUUUGCUUCAGCAUGGAGGUGACUGGUGUCUAGAUUAUUCAGUUGCAGAUAUCGCUACAGCAUCUGGCUUGCCUAGGUAUUGUUUUGGCUGCGUAUGAACUAUAUUUCUAUGUAGGAUCAGUAUAUAUUGCGUUGCCACUUUAUUUAACGUAGAAUUAGGAUAUAAGGAGAUGUCUGAUCUAAGUCACUUGACAAUGAAAUUGUAUGAAGUCUAAUGCUUAUAGGACUGCAGAUGAAAAAAUAUAUGAACUGAGUUGUAACGGCCAUUGAUUAGUUUA